CUUUCUCUAUUGUCUCACUCUCUCUUUACUUUUUCUCUCUUCUUAAUUUGUCUUUGUUACCGAACACACCCUAACAGAUUCUCCUUAUCUUCUCCUCUCUUUCUCUUCUCACAGACACUACAUUCUCUCCAAACUCAAACUACAACAUCAUCGUUACUAUCAAUGACAACAUUUUCAACUGAAUUCUUGUCACACACUCUCAAUUUCAGAAACCACCCAAACCGCACCUCUCGCCACUCAAAUCCCAACUCCAUCGUCACUUCCUCAACCCCACUUCUUAACGAAGGCAACACUAAUAAUAACCGAACAACAAUAAUCAACCAAGAACAAUUCAGGGUCAAUGAAACAAGGCCAAAACUUGUUCAAAAUUGCGACUUUAGAGACAUUAAUUCCAUCAAAGCUCUCAACAAGUCAUGCAAAUCAGGUAAGUACGAUGAGUCUCUCUACUUACUUCAGCGAAUGGUUAAUAGGGGUUAUAAACCCGAUGUUUUUCUUUGCACACAAUUGAUUAAGGGUUUUUUCAAUUCUAAGAAAAUCGAGAAAGCUAUUCAAACUAUGGAGAUUUUGGAAAAGCGCGGUGAGCCUAAUGUUUUCGCUUAUAAUACUGUUCUAAAUGGGUUUUGUAAAGCUGAUAGAGUUGAUGCUGCUAAUAAGGUGCUUGAUAAAAUGAAAAGGAGAGGUAUUUCUCCUAAUGUUGUUACUUAUAAUAUUCUUAUUGGGAAUCUUUGUAAGAGGGGUAAACUUGAUAUGGCUUUAAGGGUUAUGGAUCAGUUGUUGAAAGAUAAUUGUAAACCAACCGUUAUAACUUAUAAUGUUUUGAUUGAAGCAACUAUUAUUGAAGGUGGUAUCGACGAAGCUAUGAAGCUUUUGGAUGAGAUAUUGUUGAGAGGGCUUCGACCUAAUGCGUCUACUUAUAGAAUUGUUGUUAAUGGUAUGUGUAGAGAAGGGAUGUUGGAUAGAGCUUUUGAGUAUCUUAGUAGUAUAAGUAGUAAGGGCUGUGUUGCUGGUGUGAGUACUUAUAAUAUUCUGUUAAAGAGUCUUUUGAAUGAAGGGAAAUGGGAAGUUGGGGAGAGUUUGAUGUCGGAUAUGUUGGAUAAAGGUUGUGAGCCGUGUGCUGUGACAUACAACACGUUGAUUGGUUCCCUUUGUCGUGCUGGUAAAGUUGAUGAGGCUGAGAAUGUGUUGAAGAGUAUGAAGAAGAGAGGUUUGGCUCCUGAUGUUGUUACUUAUAAUAUUCUUAUUGGAAAUCUUUGUGGGAGGGGUAAACUUGAUUUGGCUUUAAGGGUUAUGGAUCAGUUGUUGAAAGAUAAUUGUAGGCCAAAUGUUAUAACUUAUACUAUUCUGAUUGAAGCAACUAUUAUCAAACGUGGUAUUGACGAAGCUAUGAAGCUUUUAGAUGAGAUGUUGUCGAGAGGGCUUCGACCUGAUGCGUAUACUAACAGUGUUGUUGUUAAUGGUAUGUGUAGAGAAGGGAUGUUGAAUAGAGCUUUUGAGUAUUUGGAUAAAAUGAUAUCAGAUGGUCGUUUGCCUGAUAUUAUUUGCUAUAACUCGAUCUUGGCUUCUCUGUGUAAGAAUGGACAUGUUGGUGAGGCGUUGCACAUCUUUGAGAAGCUCAGUGAAGUGGGCUGUCCUCCAGAUGCAAGUUCUUAUAAUACAUUGUUUGGUGCAUUGUGGAGCAGCGGCAAUAAAAUUAGAGCGUUAUGGAUGAUUCUAGAGAUGUUAAGCAAAGGCAUUGAUCCUAAUGAGAUCACCUAUAAUUCACUUAUUUCUUGCUUGUGCAGAGAUGGAUUGGUGGAUCAGGCAAUUGAGUUGCUGGUUGACAUGAUGGAGAGUCGCAAGUUUCAGCCUACUGUUAUUAGUUACAAUGCUGUUAUUCGUGGAUUGUGCAAGGUGCAAAGAGUCAUAGAUGCUAUUGAGGUGCUUGCUGCUAUGAAUCAGAGAGGAUGCUUGCCAAAUGAAACAACCUACACAUCGUUGAUUCGAGGGAUUGGUUUUGUAGGAUGGCGAAAGGACGCUAUGGAGUUGGCUAACUCACUUGUUAACAUGGAUGCUAUUUCGGAAGAUUCAUUCAAACGUUUGAGUUGAACGUUUCCCGCGAUUGAUGCGCACAAAGAGCUCGCAAUAUCUGAAUGAACUAACUUCAUGGGCAUAAAAUUUAUUCAGGUUAAUGAAGUUUACACAAAUAUCAAAUGGAUGGUUACUUCUGACAACUAUAAUGUGGCUACUAAAACUCCACUGCCUCAGUUGAUGAACAAUGCGAUGAUCGUGGAAAAGCAGAAGGAUUUCGAUGUUUUCAGUGCCUUGGAUGUGAUGCAUAAUGAAGGUUUCCUUAAAGAUCUCAAAUUUGGACCUGGAGAUGGACAGCUUCACUACUACUUGUACAAUUAUAGGAUUCGUAAUGCCAUGAAACCUUCCGAACUCGGGCUUGUGCUCUGGUAGCCAGAUAUGUUUUCUUUUUUAGUUUUGUUAUGCAAUUUGGAUAAACCAUUUACUUGUUUUGUUCUAUUAGCUUGUUGUUUCAACUAAACACCAUUUAUUGUUCCAUUGAAAUAUUGACAAUUUAACAUA